AUGACAUCAAUCAAAAGUAAAACUACUAAUCUAAAGUCAUGCUCGACCUACACAGACAAUGAGAACCACUUUCUAGUAGAUUCAAGAUAUGAAAUAGUGCGAGUGUUGGGGAAAGGUUCAUAUGGUGUUGUCUGUUCUGCCAUUGAUACUAAGAGUUCCAGUUCAGGAAUGGAACAUAAGAUAGCUAUCAAGAAGGUCACUAAAAUAUUCAACAAAGACAUACUAUUAAUCAGAGCAAUAAGAGAACUAAAGUUUAUGAUGUUUUUUAGAGGUCAUAAAAAUAUAGCAACACUUCUUGAUCUAGAUGUCGUUUACGUUAAACCAUAUGAAGGGUUGUAUUGUUUCCAGGAACUCGCAGAUUUAGAUUUGGCCAGGGUAUUGUAUUCAAAUGUACAAUUCUCAGAAUUCCAUAUACAAAGUUUUAUGUAUCAAAUUCUAUGCGGAUUAAAGUAUAUCCAUUCAGCUGACGUAAUACAUAGAGAUUUGAAGCCAGGAAAUAUUUUGGUCACAACUCAAGGUACUUUAAAAAUUUGUGAUUUUGGUUUGGCAAGAGGUAUUAAUCCCAAUUAUUUCAAAAAUCGUUCACCCACAAUCACAAAUUAUGUUGCAACAAGAUGGUAUAGAGCUCCUGAGUUGAUUAUGUCGACUAAAAGUUACACCAAAGCAGUAGAUAUCUGGGCAGUGGGUUGCAUUCUUGGAGAACUCUUUGGAAGAAGACCAUUAUUCCCUGGUAAGAAUCUGCAUGAACAAAUCCACGAAUUGUUUAAAAUACUAGGUAAUCCUCCCAUGGAGACCAUCAAAAAGUACAAUUGGAAAGUAGAAGGGUUACUUUGGGUUAAAUAUAGACCGGCUAAAUGGAAGAGUUUGUACCCCUUUGCUCCCUUAGAUGCCAUACAACUAUUGGACAAACUUUUAAAGUGGGAUUACAAGGCAAGAUUAGACGUGGAAGAAAUAUUGGCCCAGAGUUUCUUUAAGAGUUUACGUAAUGUUUUUGAAGAACCAUCCAGUAAAAAUAUAUUUGAUUUUAGUUUUGAGGAGAAAGGAAGAAAUAUUCCACAAAUGAAAGAAGUUCUUGAAUCAGAAGUUAAGCAUUUCAAAGAAACUUGUAAAGCCGGAAUUGAGUGA